AUGAGCACCACAUUCUACCUCACCGACGAUGCCAACUGGUGGCGCCAGGCGCUCGUCUACCAGAUCUACCCCCGUAGCUUCUGCGAUGCCAACGGUGACGGUAUCGGAGACCUGGUCGGUAUCACCUCCAAGGUGCCCUACCUCAAGAACCUCGGUGUCGACGCCAUCUGGCUUUCGCCCUUCUACCCUUCGGCCCUCAAGGACGGUGGUUACGAUGUGGCCGACUUCCGUGACGUUGACCCCAAGAUCGGUACUCUUGCCGAGUUUGACGACAUGAUGACCGCCUGCAAGGCUGCCAACAUCAAGGUCAUUGUUGACAUUGUCCCCAACCACUCAUCGGACGACCACGUCUGGUUCCAGGCCGCUCUCAAGGCUGGCAAGGGCUCGCCCGAGCGUGAGCGCUACAUUUUCCGUGACGGUCUUGGCCCCAACAAGGACCAGCCCCCCACCGACUGGGAGUGCAUGUUUGGCGGCUCUACUUGGGAGCCCGUCGGUGACGGCCAGUACUACCUUCACCUGUUCGACUCCAGCCAGCCCGACUUCAACUGGUCCAACCGCGAGGUGCGCGACGACUUCCUCAAGACCCUCCGUUUCUGGGGUGACCGUGGUGUCAGCGGCUUCCGCGUUGACGUUGCCAACGGCUGCACCAAGGACCUCAGCGGCGACCUCCCCAACCAGGCUGCUCUCAUCGAGAUGAUGAAGCAGAUGCUCGCCGGUACCCUCCCCGAGGACACCCACCCGUACUUUGACCGCAAUGACGUCUUUGACGUUUACAAGGAGUGGCGCGGUGUGUUCAACGAGUACAACCCCCCUCUCACCGCCGUCGCCGAGGCCUGGGUCGCGUCCCACCGCAAGCCCCUCUACGCCUCACCCCACGGUCUCGGCCAGUCCUUCUCGUUCGACAUGCUCAUGGCCCCGUUCGACCCCGUCCUGUUCCGCAACAUCAUCUCCGAGUCUCUCGAGGACGCCAAGGCUUCUGGCUCGUCGACCACUUGGGUCUUCUCCAACCACGAUGUUAUCCGUCACGCCACACGCCACGCCCUCGACAACGACGGCGGCUUCUACGAGACUACCCGCAAGUACCUCAUCAACAAGGGCCAGAACCCCGUUGCCGACGUUUCCCUUGGUCUGCGCCGCGCCACUGCUGCCACCAUGAUGAUCCUUGCGCUCCCCGGCUCUGCCUACAUCUACCAGGGCGAGGAGCUUGGUCUUCCCGAGGUCCACGACAUGCCCGACUCGCAGCGCCAGGACCCUACCUUCUUCCGUCGCCCCGGCUACGAGGUGGGCCGUGACGGCUGCCGUGUCUGUAUCCCCUGGGAGGCUGAGGGCAAGAACAUGGGCUUUGGCCCCAACGCCGAGCCCCACCUUGUCCAGCCCGCCGUGUACAAGAAGUACGCCGUCGACAUCGAGGACAAGGACCCCAACUCCACCCUCAACCUCUACCGCAAGGCCCUUGCCCUUCGCCACGAGCUCCAGUGCGCCGAGGAGCUCGAGUGGGUCCCGAGCAGCGAGGAGGUUAUCCACUUCAAGCGCCCCAACGGCUGGGAGAUCAUUGUCAACUUUGGCGAGACCCCCGUCGCCGUCCCCACCGGCCGCAAGGUGGCUCUCUCCUCGGACGACCUCGUCAACGACGCCGUGCCUCAGUACACCGCUGCUUGGCUCCUCCCUUAA